AAAGAGGAGGAUUCCGCGGGUGGAGAAAAGUCUGAUCUAGCUGCACACAAGCACCGCCUCCUCCCUUCUCGGGCCAGCAGGCACAUUUUGGUGGAAAUCCCACAGUGCUAGACAAGACCGAGGCAGACGCAGAUCCUGCACAUGGAGGCGGCUAGUCCUCAAGCUCCGUGCUCCUCGGAAGCACCGGGACUUCUUAGUAAUUUCAUGAACGUCCUGCUCAGGGUUAAAGAAAAACUCUUCACCUGGAACAUCUUGAAAACAAUUGCUCUAGGUCAGAUGCUAUCCUUGUGUAUCUGUGGGACGGCUAUUACCAGCCAGUAUUUGGCAGACAAAUACAAAGUGAACACUCCGAUGCUUCAGAGUUUUAUCAACUAUUGUUUACUGUUUUUUAUUUAUACAACGAUGUUGGCAUUUCGACCAGGCAAUGAGAACCUUUUGCACAUCCUGAAAGGAAAAUGGUGGAAGUACAUCUUUUUGGGCCUGGCUGAUGUGGAGGCUAAUUACAUAAUUGUCAAAGCUUACCAGUACACUACCCUCACGAGUGUCCAGCUCUUGGACUGCUUUGGGAUUCCUGUUCUGAUGGCCCUUUCAUGGUUUGUUCUUCAUGCAAGAUAUAGAGUGAUCCAUUUUAUUGCUGUGGCCAUCUGUCUUUUGGGAGUAGGAACAAUGGUUGGGGCAGACAUACUAGCUGGCAGAGAUAACAAUUCAGGAAGUGAUGUGUUGAUCGGAGAUGUCUUAGUUCUUCUUGGAGCUUCUCUCUAUGCUAUUUCUAAUGUGUGUGAGGAGUACAUUGUGAAGAAGCUGAGCCGAGUAGAGUUUCUAGGAAUGGUGGGCUUGUUUGGAACAUUUAUCAGCGGUCUCCAGCUGGUACUUAUAGAAUAUCAAGAUAUAGUUGCCAUUCAUUGGAACUGGAAAAUAGCACUGCUUUUUGUGGCUUUUGCCCUCUGUAUGUUCUGUCUGUAUAGCUUCAUGCCAAUGGUCAUCAAAGCCACAAGUGCCACCUCAGUCAACCUGGGCAUCCUGACUGCUGAUCUCUACAGCCUUUUCUUUGGACUCUUUCUUUUUGGAUAUAAGUUUUCAGGACUCUAUAUUCUGUCCUUCAGUGUCAUCAUGGUGGGCUUCAUCUUAUAUUGUUCUACCCCUACACGAAAUGCAGAGCCACCUGAAAGCAACGUGCCACAGCUGACCAGCUUUGGGUUUGAUAAUCCAGGACUAAAGAUCGAGGAGAACAUGCAGGAAAUGAACUCUGCUGCCAUGUAGCCAAAGAAGUCAUGGUGUGAAUGGACACUGGAUAACCACCAGAUAAACUGGAUGUCACCAUCCGGUAUAAACUGGAACUCACUGUCUCAAGCAACACUAAAAUAUCAAUGAACUUGUCAGAAUGUGAACAUUGUGUCAAUGUCUGAUUGUAUAUGUUGUAUAGAAUUGUAUAAGAAAUAGAAAACAUUUUCUAAAAAAAAAGAAAUGACUACUAAUAUAUAGCAGAAUUGAGUGUUCAGAACAUGACAGAACACAUGUGAAGAUCAAAAGCCAUCCAUGUCAGAUUUUAGAUGGCAAGGAAUUGGGUCUGAGAGAGCUGGCAUGAGACGAGAAAUGAAGAAUAGAGGAUGUUUAUUGGGAGUGACUAAGGAACAAGCUGUAAAUUAGAGGUCAAGAUUAGAGUUGAGGUCAGGGCCAGCUGUGGAGUCCAGACCGGACCAGUGUCUCACUCAUCCAGCAGCUGCUUAUAUAUUUCUUGCAAGGAAAGUAUCUACUCCUAAGAUGCGGUGAUCUAGCACUCAGAAGUAAGGACAAGUAAGUGAAUGCACUUGGUUGGAAGGGUAGUAAAUGGGGUGUAGUUGACAGAUCCUGACCAUACCAUUUACUGAACUAGAUACUUCAUUGAAGCCAGGAAAGCCUGGCUCUCUUUUACUGCUGUAAAAAAAAAGGUGAAGACUUGUUACCAAAUAUUUAUAAUGUGCUAUAAUUUUUUUUUAAUUUAUGAAAAGUUUAUUGUACUACCAGUUAUAAUUAACCUAAAACCAACUACUGAUGUGUGUUCCACUUUAAGCAAACCCAAUAUGCAAAAACUCUAAUGUUUGAAAUCAAUAAAUUGAGGGUAAAGUAUUUACAUUAAAGGAGGCAGCUAGAUGGUUCAGUGGAUAGAGUACUGGGCCUGAAAUAAGGAAGAUCUGAGUUCAAAUCCAACCUCAUACACUUACUAGCUGUGUGACUGGGCAAGUCACUUACCUUCUCUUGCCUGAUAUGGAAAUGGCAAACCACUUGAGUAUGUUUGCCAAGAAAAGUCCCAUGGUUCAAGGGGUCAUGAAAAGAAGACAUGACUGAACAAUUAUAAACUACAUUGUAAAAAAAGUUCUUUGUUCCACAAAAUAAUUAAUUGUUGUAUUCCUUUAGGAUAGCAUGAUUCCCUAAUUAAUUUAAAAUAUAAUUCCUAAAAUUUUAUUUUUGUGCUCCCUCCUCUGCCCUCCCAAGAAUACAUCUACUUUAUAAAAUGAGGUAUAUUUAAAUAGAAUUACUAUUCAUGUAACAAGAGAAAUCAGAAUUGGUUUGGAGAUUAUUUGGGAUAAGUAAAAAGAUUUUUAAUAUUCUGAGUUAUGGAAAUUGGUUUUUCACUUAAAAAAUGUAAUAGUGUCUCAAUUCCAAUAUUUCAUUA